AUGGUAGAAGGAAACCCUUGUGAUUCUGUUUCAGAAUGGUUCUACCUGUGUGGAGGUCAGACUAUUACUUGUUGUGAUUUGGUGUUACCUUAUGGUGAUAUGAACCAAAAAUGUGCCAGAGGGAUGGUCUUUCCUUAUAAUGAUGGGUUAAUUCACUCACUUCCUUUACGCGAAAAUCACUUGAAGGUUAUGAUAGACAACAUAGAUGAAAGAUAUAAAGGUAUUCCUGUUCCUGUGAUGACAAAUGAAGUUGGUACCCUAGAAGAUGCAGUUGGCACUGUAAUUCAAUGGUCGCGGAUCGCAAUUGUUCUUAGUAAGGAACAACAAAGCAAGGCGUCAUCACAACAACAAAUUCAGACCACAAGUGCGCGACCAUCAACCGCAAAGGCUGUUAUGGAAAAAAACAUGCCUAACCAAAAGAUCAACAAACCAAGGCCAAUAGAAUCACUUCGUGACCUUUUGAAGACCAACCUAGUGGUUCAUGUGGUAGCCGAUGCUGGACAUCUAGAAGCUGGGGCGUUUGAUUUUUCAGUUACAUAUGAAGAUUAUUAUCGUUUGUUGAAAAAACAAACAGCUGAUUUGUCCAUCAUAACAACUUGGCAGAUCCUUUUACAAUUAAUGCUUCAAAAACGUAUGGGAAAGUGUGCUUUCCUAAACCCGUAUAAGAUUCUUGGGAAAGCCUGUCAGGAAACUCCGAUUGAUGUCGUCAAUUAUCUCGUUGAUGCGAUGCAACUUCAUCAUGGAAAAUCUAUGCAUUGGGUCCUCUUGGUGAUUUGCCCUUCAAAUCAUAUUGUAUACAUUUUGGAUUCUCUGAUGAAGCCUAUGAAAAAUCCGGUUGACAACUACUACCUUCUCAAACUUUUGGAAAAGGCUUUUGAGAGGUAUGAAAAGAACACAUCAAUUCCAAUUGUAUGGAAGCUCACUGAGUGCAACCAAGCUGGUGUAUUGGAACGUGAGCUAAGUGGACAUUAUGUAAUGAAUUGGAUCUUUGAUUUCGUGUUGAACAGACAAUAUGGAUUUCCGAGUAGAUUUGGUACCCUUUGGAAUGACAAAAUUGCAUUUGAGGAAAAGGCGUUGGUUACAACUGUUGCUACAUGGGCCAGAGAAUUUCUAAAAAAUUUUAUAAAUGAUGUGGUUGUCUAA